AAACCUAACCUUGGACUGGACCCAAAAGACCCCAUGGACAUGGAAAUACGUACCUAUUUAGACUCUCUUCAUGGGAUUGUGACCGAUUCCGGUGGUUCCACAAACUCCUCACUCGCUCCUGGUGGAAGUUGCGGUGCGGAUUCGGAAGACGAGGCCGAUGCAGAGUCGCACAAUCCGGAAGAUGAGGACGAGAAUGAGGAAGGACGUAAUAAAGGAUCCAAACAAGUUUCCGGUCGUAAACGCAGACGUCCCCGGGGUCGACCACGUAAUUCAAACACACAUGGGAAUUCGUCUGCUUCACAUGCUGCCUCCUUAGUUGGUUCGGAAUACGGCUGUGCCGGUAUCGGUCGAUUGUCAUUGCGGAAACAUGCCCGAUUCGAGGAAGAGCUAGCCGCGGUAGCCACGACCAUGAUCCGUGGUGCCAGUGGGGAAGUUCAACAGACCUCCGCGGAACCUGCUGAAGGAACACGACGGGGUUCGCGUCGUGGCGUAGUCUACUUACAGAAUUCCACCGCUCAAUCCGGAACCAAACUACCACCUGGGACGUUUUACGUGCACAAGCAAUUUCAAGAAUCGUGUCGGCUAUCCCGGAACCAACAUGAGGAUGAAAUAAAUCGGCUGGAAGAGGCUGCAAUGGCCUUGAGCGUUCGGGUGGACGAACACAGGGCCUCCAAGACCAGUGCCUUACUGGACGGUAUGCAAAGUCUUCGUCCUCCACCCAUAUGCAUGGACCCAAACUGGAGUGUUGUGGAUAUUCAGAUGGCCACUCAAGCUGUCGGUGAAAUAGGUCGGGAUUAUGCUCAGAUUGCCGCGCGACUGGUCAACAAAACCCCAAGCAUGGUGGCCACUCUUUUCGAACUAUACGGGCAACAUUUGAACUUCAGUGAACUAGCUGCAAUGGCCCCGCUAACUGGUCGCUGA